AUGGUCAGUGAUAAAUAGUGAAAGUUAAAGAGUAGUAAAUUCAAAUACAGAACUUACAGUGUAGGAAUUGGGUACCAUUCUAAUAGAACUACAUUUUGAAAUACGUAUAUGUGUGAAAGUAACUUGAUAUUGGCAUUUUGUGACAAUACUAAUUGAGAGAAGGAAUUAAUGCAAACAAAAAAUUGAGUUUGUUUAAAUUUUGUAAUAAUUCUUCUUGUAUCUUUUGCAUUGUAUUCUCUACAAUGGAUAAUAUUGGAGUACAAAGUGGCAAACCUACGUUUAUAGAGGAAAUAAGUCAAUGUCAGGAUAAAACAACACUGUUUGGACAUUCAGUAAACGUUGUAGGUAGACUGACGGUGCAUGACGUCGGCACUUGCUUGGCAAAACUCUCAGAUUCGCAGAGUAAAUCUGAAAUAUGUAUAGACACGUCACUGAUAGAGCCUUUCGAGGCAAGGUUUGGUUCCCUGUUUAAUAUGAUAGGGGAGCUGGAAGUUGGGAACCAGAAUGAUAUCGUGUUGAAGGCACGUGUAGUUAGGUGUGUAGAUGGACUGGAUCUGUCUCUGUACAGAAAGGCAAUAGAAAGCCAGAGAAAAUAUUUAGAGCUAAGAAAUGCAGUUUGACCAAAAUCAUGCUCUUUUAAAGACAUUCAAUGAACAUUUGAUUUUCGUAACUGAUAUUUUUAAUGUUCCAUUACACAAUCAUCUUUUUAUCAAAACUUGACUGCUUAGGCAGGCAAAACUUUAUUUCAAGUUGUUUUAGUUACUUGUUUUGGCCAGCCUGAAAUAUAGAGCAUAUAUCAUGGUCAUAUCCAUUUUUAUACAUUGAACAUUCCUCAUGAAAUAAAUAUGCAUGUAUAAAAAUUAAUAAA